AUGGCCUCAAUCGCAAAAGGGAAAGCCCGCGAAGGAUCGGAGGAGGCCACAAUGCGCCAGAUGGAGGAGCUCAACCGUCGCCUCCUCGACGAGUUCAAAGCCGAAGACGCGACCGCGCAAUCGCGGGGGUAUACUGUGACCUCGACGAUCGACCUGCGCACGAUGCCGGUGGACGCCGCGCCCCCGGCCGCGCGGGUGGCGAACAUAUUCACGACGCAGCCGCAGGACGGGGCCCUCACAGAGAACGUCGAGUGCAUCCUGCACAGCGCCGCAGCGAAGCAGGAGCUCAUCGAGUACCCCAACUUCCCGCGGCCCACCCCCCGCUCGCACACGAACCCAGUGAUCCCUGUGCUCCUCGCCUCUCUCAGCGACGACGACGACGGCGACGGCGAGGGGGAGGGGCAGGGGCAGGGGCAGGGCGCGGAGGUGAAGGCGCCCUACCGCAUCGCCGAAGUCCCGUCCAAGGGCCUGGGCAUGCUCGCGACGCGCGCCAUCCCCCAGGGCGCCUUCAUCACGGCCGAGCGCCCGCUGCUGCUCGGGCCGCAGGCGCAGCACCUCGACGGCCACAACAUGCAGUUCUCCGCCACCGCCACCGCGCGCCAGCGGCAGCGCGCCGCCUUCACCGAGGCGGAGAAGAACCUGCGCAUCGCGUUCGCGCGCAUGGCGCCCGCGAACCAGACGGCGUACACGGCGCUGCACAACGCGCACCAGAGCGACGGGAGCGGGCCCAUCACGGGUGUUAUGCGCACGAAUGCGUACGAGGUGUGUCGUCUCGAAGGCAGGACGUAUGCGGGCGUCUUCAAGGACUUGUCCAGGGUCAACCACAGCUGCAGCCCGAACACCACCUCAUAUUUCGAUCGCGCCUCGCUCUCCAUGCUCCUCUUCGCCGUGCGCGACAUCCCCCCCGGCGCCGAGAUCACCUCGACCUACUGCGGGCUCCUGCAGCCGCGCGCCGCACGCGCCAGGGCGCUCAAGCCAUACGGCAUCCGCUGCGCCUGCGCCGCCUGCACCGACCCCGACCCCGCCGCCUCCGACGCGAACCGCCUGCGCAUCAGCCGCGUGGCGGACGCCGUGCCCGCGAUCGUCCGGUGGGCCGGCAGCCCCGCGCUGCCCGACGGCCUCCUCCUGCGCCCGGCGCUCGCGCUGCUGCAGGUCAUCGAGGCGGAGGGCCUCGAGGGGUCCCUGGCGUACGUGCGGGUGCUGUACCACGUGGUGCUGAUACUGCAGGUGCUGGCGGUGAGGGGGGUGAGGGGCGCGGAUACGGACGGGCUGCUGGUGUAUGCGGCGAAGUGGGCAACGCUGCGUGGGUGUAGGGGCGAGGGAGAGCGCGUGGGCGAGGCGCAGUUCAGGGAGGAGAGGGAAAGGGUUAUGGCUGCGGCGUUGGCGCGCUCUCGGUUGGCGCCAGAGGGAGGGCAGAGGGCUGUGGAAUGA